AUGGUGGCGACGCCGGCGACCACCGCAACCUUCCGGGAGAUCCAACUCCCACAGCAAAGGCAGUUCGAUUCCAUCAACUUCCCCUCCGUCCUCGUGUCCUCCAAUAACCUAUCCUCGGCCGCAGCUACUCUCGCGGAGGUCACCGCCGCCAUCAAGAGCGAGAAGCCCUUCCUCGAAUCCCUCCUCCGGGAAGCCGGGGCCGUGCUCAUCAGAGGACUGCCCCUGAGCUCUGCCUCGGACUUCAAUCAGGUCGUCGAGGCGUUCGGUUUCGAGGAGCUGCCUUACGUCGGCGGGGCGGGGCUCCGCAACGUGGUGGUCGGCCGUGUGUUCACCGCCAACGACGCUCCUCCUCAUCAGAAAAUCUCCUUCCACCAUGAGAUGGCCCACAUUCCAACGUAUCCGUCGAAGGUGUUCUUCUUCUGCGAGGUGGAGCCCGGUGGCCGGGGGGAGACGCCGAUAGUUCUGAGCCACGUGGUGUACGAGCGGAUGAAAGUGGAGUUCCCUGACUUCGUGGAGAUGUUGGAGGAGAAGGGUUUGAUUUACACCAGAAUCGCCGGUGACGAGGACGAUCCUUCCUCCACCAUUGGUCGGGGCUGGAAGUCAACUUUCUUGACGGAUGACAAGGCCGUCGCUGAGGAAAGGGCGGAGAAGGUCGGGGUGAGGCUGGAGUGGCGGGAGGGAGAGAUCGGCGGAGGAGCGAAGACGGUGAUGGGGCCCAUCCCGGGGGUGAAAGUGGACGAGGCCAGGAACCGGAAGACGUGGUUCAACAUGAUGGUCGACGCCUACAUGUGCUGGGACGACGCUCUCAACGACCGGAAGAAGGCCGUCACGUUCGGCGACGGAGGCUACCUGCCGGAGGACGCCGUCCGCGGCUGCGAGAGGAUAUUUGAAGAGGAGAGCGUCGCCAUUCCUUGGAAGAAAGGCGACGUCUUGCUGAUCGAUAACCGCGCCGUGCUUCACGCUCGCAAUCCGUUUGACCCUCCUAGAAGAAUCCUUGCUUCCCUCUGCAAGUAG